AUAGUGGAGGAGCUCUGGGCGCGCUGCCUGAUGGGAUACUGGUAGAGUGUCACCAGGCGGGCGGUAAUGAUUGAGUCGUGUAAGGCCUGAGGGAGCGGUUUACACAGAGGCAGAGAGUUGGAGACACAAGGUAGCUUUUGGUGUCACUGAUGUAAGCUGUGUCAUUGGUGAACUGAGUAACAGAAUUGGACCUAGGAGAUCUGAACUUGGUUAACCACUGCAGAAUCUUGUUGAACCAGCUGGGAGCCUUGAAGUGAGCAUCAAAUAUACCAGAGGUUGUGAACUGAGAAGUUAAACACAAGCAUGUCAACAGAAAAGGCAAAGUUUCCAGAUGUUGCUGGAUAUGUAGGAUUUGCAAACCUGCCCAACCAGGUCCACAGGAAGUCUGUGAAGAAAGGAUUUGAAUUCACGUUGAUGGUAGUUGGUGAGUCUGGCCUUGGAAAGUCUACAUUGAUCAACAGCCUGUUCCUGACUGACCUCUACCCUGAACGCUACGUACCUGGGGCUGCAGAAAAGAUAGAGAGAACUGUACAGAUUGAAGCCUCAACGGUGGAAAUUGAGGAGCGAGGAGUCAAACUACGCCUAACAGUUGUGGACACCCCAGGAUAUGGCGAUGCUAUUAACAGUCAGGAUUGCUUCAGACCUAUCAUUCAAUACAUUGACAAUCAGUUUGAACGAUAUCUUCAUGAUGAGAGUGGCUUGAACAGACGCCAUAUCAUAGACAAUCGAGUACAUUGCUGUUUCUACUUCAUCUCUCCUUUUGGCCAUGGCCUGAAGCCUCUGGAUGUGGAAUUUAUGAAGGCCAUUCACAGCAAAGUAAACAUUGUACCUGUGAUUGCUAAGGCAGACACACUAACACUGAAGGAACGGGAACGACUGAAGCGAAGAAUACUGGAUGAGAUCACUGAGCAUGGUAUCAGAAUCUACCAACUGCCAGAUGCUGACUCUGAUGAGGAUGAGGAGUUUAAGGAGCAAACCAUGAUUCUGAAGGCCAGUGUUCCCUUUGCUGUGAUUGGCUCCAACCAACUGAUUGAGGUGAAAGGCAAAAAAAUCAGAGGUCGCCUCUACCCAUGGGGCGUGGUCGAGGUGGAGAACCCAGAGCAUAAUGACUUUCUCAAACUACGCACAAUGCUGGUCACACACAUGCAGGAUCUGCAGGAAGUCACCCAGGAUCUACACUACGAGAAUUUCCGUUCGGAGCGGCUAAAGCGUGUUGGCAGGAAUGUGGAAGAUGAAACAGUUGACAAGGACAAAAUGCUGUUGCAGAAGGAAGCUGAGUUGCGUCGAAUGCAAGAAAUGAUCGCCCAGAUGCAGGCACAGAUGCGAAUGAAGCCUGCAGAUAAUGGAGAUGGACAUUGAGUGAUGAGCCAGUUUUACUUUUAUUUACAGGGCUGGAAUGUGCUGUGUCCCGUGGUUGCAAACACUCUUUAUCUCUCAGAUGCAAUACUGACUCUAUGAGCUUACGGUGAAACAGAAGAGGAAACAGUCUUUACAAAUCUUGCAUGGAAUUUUGGUAUCACUUUACUGUAAUCACAGAUAUUUUCUAUCUUACCUGUUUGUACUGAUAUUACUUGAUUACAAUGGGAAUCUUUAUACCGUUGUUAUAUAGUUUAUAAACCUUCAUGUAUUAUGGCUGCACACUCUUGAGCUUUCACAGGCAUGUAAUCCCUUUCCUCCAAGUGGCAGAUUUUGGUGCCUAACACAGUCCCUGUCAACAUCAAAGAUACGAUCAUUAAUGAGGAGAAGGGACAGCUAUCAGUGUUGCCCAGUGGAAUCCCUAAAACAAUCUCUUGUCAUUCCAUUGAAAACAAAGUUGGUACAUGAAGCCCUUCUUUAAUUUGCCAUCCAUGCAAAAGUAUGCUGCUGACAGAGUUCCAACAUGUUAAGUGAAUCAAACACUAUGAUUGUUAUUCAAUCCUGUGAAUUGGCACGGUUACUUUGUGUCACAUGGCAUUCCUGCUGACAAGCUCCUUGAUAAGUGAGCACAGUUAAUGGUGAAAAUUACCUUCCCUGUCACAUUUUAAACCUUGAUGAAGAGCCAGAGUAAACUAAUAGUUACCCGUUUGCUUGGCAGUCUGCAGCAAUGCAGCUAAAAUGCUUACUCAUUAAUCUGUGGCAGACUCCGAUAAUCCUUGAGGUUUUCAAAAAUAAGUAACUUGAGUUUCAUGUCAGCAAGUGUAUAACCAUACAAGAUCCCUUUGGUUGAAACUUGAACGCUAAAUCUAAACCUUGUAAUUCAGUGUUUUGAGAAAGGGAGUCUCAGACAUGCCAGAGGUUCUCUUAAACACGGUGCAAUGUAGCAUCUUGAAGGAUAGCUGUGCUGAUAAUUAACAUUUUUAUGUUUAUCAUAUGUGUAUUCUUGGUCAUGUACUUCCACAUUUUUGGUAUCUUUAGCAGAUUUGUCUUGAAUUCAUGAGAAGCACUAUAUAAAUACAGGUUCUUCAUAGUUCAAUUGAUGACAAUUUUGCACAUUAUUCAGGAGCUUGUUUCAAGUUCAACUCUGGGACUGAGUGCACCAUCUAUUGCUGAUGAUCAGCGCUUGACUGAAGGUAUACUACAUUUUUGGAGUUACUGUUAUUUGGAUUGGAUUUCGAUAGCUCAGGUGGACGUUCUCCUUCUCUUUACCCUUUCUAAGGACCAGAUGUUCACCUGCUGUUCCAGUUAAAGUUAAGUAACACUAACAACAACAGAUGAUCUGUUAGUUUACCUUGCUCCAGUUAGCAAUACCAUGCAAUAUUGAAAGGACUUGCCAUUUUGUUUGCCUAAUGCCAGUAUAAUUAAUUGUAUGGGAAACCCGGAGGUAUUUGCAAGUUUUAUAUAUUGCCUUUUAGCCUGUAUGCUAAGCUGGGCCACUGAUAAUUCCUUAUUAGAAUUGGUACAGAUCAUUCCAAGCAGAUGUUUUUUUGCAAAUCACAUACUGCAAAUCUAGCAUAAUUCAUCAGCUUUAAUACUGACCUUUUUUAAUCUAUAAAACUGUAUGAAUUGUUAAUAAAGGCUGUGUUAAAUGAGGCAGCUGGGAGCAGUUUAAGUUUGAUUAAUUGCAUAAACAAAGAUCCCAGAUUUUUAAAAAAAAGUAAUGCAUAAAUAAAUCACAAAUUUACUGCACUUUCAGAGAAACUGUAAUAUUCCAAUUAUAACUCCAAUCUUUCCACUUUGAUCUUAGUUAGUAUUUGAACGGUUAGGCAAGCAUUUGUUUGCAGCAGUGUAGCAACAACAUGCAGUUUAUUUAAAUGGCUGACUUUAAUGAUGUGACCUGAUCAGGGGCUAAGCAGGCGCCUGUAGAUGGGGAACCUGCUUUCCUAUGUAUCACAGUUUUGAAAAUGGAGACAUUUCAAAAGUACUAAAUGACUGAUUUGAUUUUCAAGGACCAGCUGACUGAAUGGCAUUGCUGCCACAGCUGUCUCCCAUUUUCCGAAAACUUACCACCUGAGUAUGAUCAAAAUACUUCACAGCACCAAUGAUCCUGGGAGUGUAUGUGGUCGCUGUUUUUGUUAUGCAUAGUAUCGCUGUCUUGUGUAUAACUUGUGCAUGUUAUUGAUGAAGUUGCAUUUCAUUACACCAGAAGGAAGAUCCCUGAUGCUUGGAUCAGUGUUUCUCAUAUUGUUUGCAAAGCUAGCCGCUUGUGUUGACCAAAUUGCCUUAAGAUUGACUUCAGAUUUUUGUGGAAAGUGGGUUUUUUUUUGGUUAAAUGCCAACAAUCUGCCACUCGGAGCUUUAGUUAGUUAUUCCAGACAUAAUCAUAAAAUGCUUUUAUCUUUGUACACUGCAUUUGUUUUUUGUAUCAAGUAGUCAGCAAUAAACUGUACAGGAAUAAA